UAUGACCAUGAGAGAGAAAUGAGAGGAGCGUGUAGGAGUAGGACUGUGGACAGGAAAGUAGAGCAUACACAGGGUGCAAGCUUUCGCAAUCCUUCUCUCACCCGCUAUUCCUGAAAUUCAUCUGUUCUAUUAUUCUGUAUCUCUUCUUCCCAAAGGAAUGAAAGAGACCAUCACUAGUGGUUUUGGCUAAAAAGAAAACAGAAACAAGUGCUAAAAAAUGGGAGGUUGCUGCUGCAGUGCCAGAAAACCUCAUCUGCAUGGAACACCAGUUUAUAUCUAUUGUCCACCGGCUUUGGAAGAGCACGAGUCUUUAACUACUAAUGAUGGUACUGGUGGUUCACUCACUGCCGGCUUGCUGGUCGGUUUGGACCUUCAGGGAUCAACACCUGAUACUUACCGGCCCCCUCCUGCACCGUUGCCAUAUGAUACGGUUUUGGGUUGUCCAGUGUCAACUGAUUCUGAGUCAGGCAGAGAAACAGUUAGUGGUAGUAGUUUUGCAACUUUACUUACAUGUGAAGAUAUUGAAGAUGCGGAAUGCAAAGUUCAUGCUAAUUCUAUGCCUACAUCUCCAAGGAAGCCAGAACUAACAAAAUCAAAUGAAUCUCAUGUAUUAGUGACAGAGGAAGAGGAUGGUUGCCCAAUUUGUCUUGAAGAAUAUGAUGUUGAGAAUCCUAAAACUCUGACCAAGUGUGAACACCACUUUCACCUAUCUUGCAUUCUUGAGUGGAUGGAACGAAGCGACUCUUGUCCCAUAUGUGAUCAGGAGAUGAUCUUUGACCAGAAACUGAAUUAGAUUAUUCGUUUUAAAACCAAGGUUAGCUAAAUGGUGGUUGAUGAAUGGAGGAAGUUCAUUGUUUGAUAACUGGUUUGAUGAUGGUAGCUACAGAUUCGUCUUCGAUUUGUCAUGCAUCUGUAGUGUAGUCAGUGUCUUAACGGGUUCGUCAUCAAUAUCAGCUAUCUAUCUGUGAAGAAGAAUGAAGUUUUAACAAAAUACAAGAUAUUGCCUGUUGCCUUGGCUGCAAUUCUUCACAGGGGAAUUUGCCUGUUAGUAUAAGAAUGAAGCAUUUCUCAAGAGGAAGAUAUUAUUGUUCAUUAAUGGUUUUUCCUUUGCUAUCUCUUU